UACGCAGCUUUUGUUUGGGUGUUGUUGUGAGACGAGAGAAGCCCGCCGGCGUUCAAUUUCUUUCAGAGCACUUCGCAAUUGUCAUCAUGUGAUUUUACCUGGCAGAAUCCUCAUCAGGCACGGAGCUUGUUCGGGAUGUCAAUUCUGAAGGUGGGGAAAAUGACAAGAUGAAAUUGACACCUAGCAACGCCCUCCGCUCCAUCUAUGUUAUAAGAACAUGAACACCAUCAAGGUAUAUUUGAACUGGGCCAAUUCUGUCCUGAGUGAGGUGGGGCACUAUGUGGAGGGAGUGUCUGCCGUGCAGGACGGCCGGGUGCUGUGUGACCUCAUCGACAUCCUCACUAACUCAGCUGGGCUGGUGGACAAUGUUCAGAAGAACUCAUCAGAGGAAUCAAGUCCAGAGCAAUGGAUACAAGCAACACUGGAUCACAUGCGACACCAUGGAAUCAAAUAUACCUUUACAGUGCAGGACAUCUUAGAUGGGGACAUCAAGUCCCUCCUGGACGUGCUGUGGCUCAUCAUCCUCAACUACAGUCUGCACAAGAUAGAUCAGAAUGCCUAUCAGCGCAGUGUGGGGAUUGGCAAGAAGCACCUCAUGGAGUGGUGUGAGAUGGAGCUGGCAACACAGUUUGAUUCAAGGAACACAUUUGCCUUCAAUUUGUGUCAAGGCAACUGGUUCUCCAAACUGUUGCAGAAGUUCAUCGGAGAUGACAUUACAGAUGACCAGGACCGAGUUGCUGCCUUGACGAAGCUCCUUGACACUGUGGAAUACAAGUAUUAUAUCAGCAGAGAUAUCAUCAGCGCUGCAGACAUCAUAGAUGGGACAGUGGAUGAACACACACUGAUGAUCUAUGUUGCCCUGCUCCGGAGGAGGGUUGGGGGAGACAACAAAACCUUGAAUGCAUUUUCCAAAUUUACGAAGCCCUCGGGAGGCAUGAACCUGGAGGUGGUCAACGCCAUGAGAAGCCAGAGCCCCACCCCCCAAUACAAGGCCCACAAUGAGGAGGAUAGAUAUGUGUCAUCAGACAGUGAACUCUGCAGGGCAGACCACACGAAGAAGAAGCAGUCAAAUUACAUCUUUAAACCGAUGUCAGUUUCCUUAUACAAGUCCAACAGUAUUGGAAAAGGUCUGUCUGCUUUCUCUUCCAGGAAGCAUGGAUCUGCAGAAGAGCUUUCUGACUGGAUGUCAUCAUCAUCCCUUGUGUCAGUCCAUAGUGAAAGAAAUGGGCUUAAUCAGUCUCCAAAUGAUGAUGGUCCAAUUUCCUUGAACUCGGAUGGAGAGAGUAUGUUGAAGGAGACAAUCAGUCAGAGAGUGUAUGAACACAUGCCCCAGUCAGAGAAUGAAGAGGACAAGGAUACAGGUACUGUGACACACAGACUAGAUGACUUGCAGCCAGAAGCUUCAAGAUAUUCCUCAGGUGGAAGCACCGUCAAAAAUCUAAAAUCAUUUCCAGCAUCCCUCGGAUCUUCCUUGAAUCCAAACAGUGGGAACAUCACUGAUAGUAGAACUGAGAAAAUGUCUGGAGUUGUUAAGAUCAAAAGACCCAAGGACUACUUCCUGCAGUGGGAGGAGACACUUGAUAGGCUCUCUCAGGGACCCUCAAGCUCAUCAGAUCUCAUUCAGUCUUCCAGAUCCCAAAGUGACCUUGACCUAGAGAGUCUUAGUGGAAGGUCACGAUCAAGUUCCAGGUCAAGAUCAAGAUCCCAUGAAUCAAGACAAAGUUUACGUGAUAGUAUUGUAUACAAGUCUUCGUUGGAUCGAGAAAGGGGAAGAACCCCAGAGAAUAUGUUUCGAAGCAAAUCUCACAGUCAGCCAGAUUCAAUGACGAAAUACAAGCAAGCCAGGCAAGAUGGUAUGGUACAGGAUAGAAGGACAUAUACACCUGAUAAUCAAUCAUCAAAACUUACUGCCAGUACUGAGAAAAGUGCAUCUACCUCUGAUGUUAACUUGGCAUGCAUGAGUGGAACUAAAAUCAGUGAUCUUCAGUCUCACCCUAUGUUUCCCAAUCUCAAAUCAUUGCUGUCCAGUAUAGACCCUCAGAGGUUGGAUAUUUUAAAUAAAUCAGGUGAACCUCCUGAUGUUCUUACACUACUGGAUAACAUAAAGAAAGCUCGUCUUGCAGUUGACAACAGUAUGCCGAAAGAAGGUUUCCGAAGUAGAAGGGUCCCAGACAAGAAAGACCAGACCAAGGUUAAGGAUGUCUAUGACCCAAGCACGGAAGGAAGAGAUGAAUCAGCUGUCUCUCAAAGACUUGCUGAAGAAGCUAAAUAUGAUGACACUUCUCCAUCCAGCAGACAUUUACAGGAUUUGUCUGUUUCAGGGUCAGAAACUGUCAGAAGGAGGUCUCCAUUGCGAAGGUCACCAGGGAGACAUACUGCUUCAAGCCCCCGACUAGGCUCCCCAAACAUUGUCUCUCCACACAGAGUAUUGGAACACAAGCCAGACUUGCAUGACGAUGACCAUCUGUAUGACUCUGAUAGCAGCUAUUGUCAUCUGCCUCGCAGGGAAGCUUGGGAGAGAUCCAAAGGAGGGAGUGAGCUGCCUGUUGAUGGAAGCAGGAUAGAUUCUUUGGCUCAAGCCAAAUUUAUUGAGGUACUGUGUAAAGAGAUAGAAGAACUGAAAUACAAGAUUGAAACAAUGGAGAGCUCUGGUGAGGCAGGACAAACUAGUCCAGUUGCCAGAUCCCCUUCUAGAGGGGGGAGAAGAACCCCUACUUUACAGUUAACGGGGACAAAAAUUGACCCUCUGAGUCAGUUCAGUGACAUACAUGAACACAAUGGUCAAAUGGUUUUUGAGUCUUCUAGAAGCAGAUCACUUAGUCCCAUUUAUACGAGACAAAGAAAGUCACCAGAUUUACCAAGGAGGAUUGCCCAGGCAGGAAGCAGGUAUGAGGGAGAAGUAAGGAGGAAUAGUCCCGACUACACAAGAAGCAGAUCAUUAAGUCCUACACUAGAAAAACAGAGAGAUAUAGAAAAUAAACUGAGAGAUCGAAUAUCACCCGACAGAUUUAAUGGGUCAAGUGACAGAUACAUGGAGAGGUCAGUACCUGACAGUUCACACCGAGUCAGUCCCAGUAGAUACACAGGCACUAUGGACUCCAUGUAUAUGGAUGAAAGCUACCAGACACGGUAUAGUGCAAGACCACCUUCACCAUCUCAUGGUCCUUCAACAAGAGAUAGAUUGUCUCCUGUACGAGGAUUUCAGAGAGGAGGCAUGGCCCUUCAUGAACCAGGGGAUAGUCCUCGAGCUGGGAGCCAUCAACCUGUUGACCCUGAUGAUCAGACAAGGUCCAUUAGUCUUGGCUACAGCAGUCCUGUGAGAAGUGUCACUCAGGAGAUCUGGGGUAACAAGCUGAGCAUUGUGAAGGGCUUGGAACCUGAGAGACAAGACAGAUGGAAGAAUCUCAUUGCUAUGAGGGAGCUUUCAGAUGAAGAUGUCAUUGAGUUAAAACAGGCGCUUGCUAGCUGUAUUGUGGAAAAUGACAUCUUGCAGGCCAAGUUAAGGAAUGCAAAAGCUGAUGUGUCAGAAAAGCUUUUCAAGACAAAUGAUGUUCUUGAUGAUUGCCGGAGACAUCUGUCUAAGUCACAAGCAGAGAAUAUGGAACUUCGUAGCAGCCUUGAGCAUGCACGGCACAAGUCUGAGGAGCUGCAGGCCAGAGUGAAAGGCAUGGAAGACAGCGUGUUCAAGGCUCAUGCUGAGUCAGAUCAGAUGAGAAUGGAACUACAAGAGACAGGUGCAGCGCUCAACAAAGCCCUUGGUGAACUGAGACCUCUAGAGGACCUUAAACAGGUCAAUCAAAGUCUGAGGAUGAAUCUAUCUCAAGUGGAGAGUCAAAAUGAUUCUUUCAGACGGGACUUUGAAGAGAUGCAGUUUAACCAGGAGAAGGCUCAGAGCACCAUCAAGGAGUUGAGAACCUGCUUGGAGGAAGUGAGACAGGAGAGGUCCAAGUUGUUUGACGAGAUCAAUGCCCUCCAUGCCAGCAAUCAGAAAUCCAAGGUAGCUGACAUCAUAAGCCAUUACACCGAGAAGGGAGCCUGCGAUGAGGUGGAGAGAGAAAUGAGAAGAGGGACAAGCAGUCAACCAUCGUCUCGACCUUCAAGUGCAAGCUGUUCCCGGACUUCAAGUAUGGGUCGUUCAUCAAGGCUGGACAUGAGUAAUACUCCUACAAGAAGGUCCAGGAUUGAUGACUACAUCUCUCCGAGUCAGGAAAACAUGGACUCUUCAUUGCGAGUCCAUCGACGCACAAGUACAUGGAACAAUGAACUGGAGUCCAGUCCUGUGAAGCUCAACUCUUCACUGAACAUGUCGAGUACGCUUGAUAGUAAAGACACAGGUUACAGCACUGAGGAACUGAUGCAGUCUCCGGGUGUGCCAUCAUCAUUCCGGGAGAUCUACCCACACCGGAAAGUCCAGUAUUACCGAGACAAGCAGAGAGAGGCCCUAGAUCACAGGCUGUCCCCUAUUCCAUUUGUUGACUACUCAGAUCUGCAGCAGUAUCCAACCAAACUCAGUUAUUCUGAUUAUGAUGCAGAAGACUCGUACAGGAUUUCAAGAAAGGGAUUUGGGGAAAAUGGAAGUUUCAGAGAGAAUUUACUUCAAAGGCAGAAUCGAGAUAGUCUUCAUGGAGACAACUACACUGACGAUUUGAAUCGAUAUGAAUCUAGUCAGAAUUAUGGAACAGGAAGAGACAUGGUAGAGACAGUUGUUGAAUCCACAUCCACCAGCUACCAGCGCCCAGGCACAGACGUUACAGAGAGGAUGUCUCAGAGCAUGCAGGAGACAUUGCGACAACCUCACCAUGAUCGGAAGGAGUCAUCAGACCGACUCAAUGUGUCCCAUAAUUCAGUUUAUGACAUGCGUCACAGGAAGAGUGUGAGUCCAAGUUCUAAGAAAGGGAUCCUAAAAAAUGGGAAGACGGAACAUUUUAACCAUUUGCGAGAGAGAAGCUGUAGCCCUGUCCUACAGAGAUAUGGCCGGUCUCAUUCACCUCCAACUAAACUGUCACCUAGCAACAAUGCUGCCAUAGAAACCAAGUCAGGUCACCGCAAACCAGUGUAUGGAAGGUCAUCCAGUGCUCGGCGUGUAACAACAAAACUGAUUGAUGAGCUUGACGGAGGGAGAGAGUCAAACUUGAAAGCAGGCUACUCUCGCAAAGUCCUGGUACCAACUACAGCUAAAAGCAAAAGAAUCUGGCAAAGAUGACAUAAACGACCGAAUAGCUGAAAUUACUGACAAACUGGGGUGAGUAUUAUACGCUGGUAGUGUGAGUCACCUGCUGCUAUGAUCUGUUUGACCUUGGCUUUCUUCUUUCUUCAUUUGCAUAGAUUAGAGAUGUAUUGUGUAUGAACCUUGAUUAUUCCCAGGAGGGACGUUGUCUCAGGCUACCUGUGCUUGUCUGCAGAGGUGACAAUUAUAGACUGGGUGGUCAGGUUUGGUGACCUGGUUCAUUCAUGUCAUAUUCUAGUCCAAACCUACAGCACUAUAGCUGUCAAGAUGCAGACUACUGCAGUAAACGGCUCAAAUCUUGUGUUCAUCACCAGAGAAUUGCAAUCAAUUCACUUAAAGUAUAACCAUACUCACUAAAUCACAGUCAAAAUUCAAUAAUACAUGUUAUGUUACACUAUAUUUCCUCAUGUUUGAAAGCAAACCGUCUUGCUUUAUAGUCAAAGGGGGAUAACUCUAAUGGGCCUGUGAGACAGCCAGGAUGUUAUAUGAUCCAGAAGGUUGAAGCCAUGAGUUCUCUCUUCUUGCAGACUUAGUCAACACUCUGUCCUGAAAUUCUCUGUUCAUAUCUUUUUCAUAUCUUUUAGAUGUGAAAUUCUUCCCUUUAUUAUAUAUUUACUAUUUAUGAUCCUUUUAGAAAAUAAGAACUAGCUUGACUUAAUUUUACAUUUUUAAUUUGUCAAACAAAAUUUUCAUGCCAAUCCUUCAUUUUGAGAAUGUUAAAAAGAUAUAUAUUACAAUUGUGGUUUGAUUGUAAAUUUGUUUAUUUGAAAGAGUAUAUUUUUCAUUUGUAAUUUUUCUAGUGAGAGGAAUGGACAUCAAAGCAACUGUAACAACCUUUUUAUGUUUGAUUUUGUUAGCUUGCCAUAUUGCUCAAGAUAGGUCAUGCUCGACAUCAUUUCCAAAGUUGUACUUGUAAUCUGUGUAAAUGUAACUUGUAAGUGUUAUUUUCACUGCCUCCAAGGUAUGAUCGAUCGGUUGUGUGAUUGUGUCACUGGCUAACCUCUGUAACUCCAUCUAUGCACUGUGUUACUUGAACACAACAAACAAUGGCCUCACCAAUGCUAAUAUUACUUCCAUAUCUAAAUCAAGGGCAGUUUAUUCCAUGAAAUGCAGUUGUUUCCAGAGCAGAAAACCAAAUGCAUGUACAGCAUCUUUGAAGUACAUGAGAAUCUGUUUAGUGCUUGUAUUUCUGGAGUUGUGAUGCUUUCAGUGUCGACACUGUUGCGUCCUCUAGCUGACAUACAUUGACAACAUGUACCUGUAGUACCUAUAGUGUUAGGCCUAAGGCUGGGUAUGUCCUGUGAUGCUGUGACUACCUGAUGACUCUCUGAUCUAACUGUGAUGCACUCACUACCUAAAUCUGUCACUCUCUGAUAUUACUGAGAUUCUGCAACUACCUGUGUCUGUGAUGCUGCGACUGUCUGUAUAUGUGACUCUGAUCUGACUGAUAUUCUGUGACUACCUGUGUCUGUGACUGAGGUGCUGCGACUGUCUGUAUAUGUGACUCUGAUCUGACUGAGAUUCUGUAACUACCUGUGUCUGUGUCUGUGAUGCUGCGACUGUCU